AUGUCGACGUGGGAAAUGGGCACGAGAAAGGCCGCCGAUAACGGAUAUCUUGGAGUCCUUCAACAGGCAAGAGACAACGGCUGUCGCUGGCACGAGAGAACGUGCAUUUUGGCAGCACGGAAAGGACAUCUCGAGCUUCUUCAAAGGGCAAGAAACAACGGAUGCCCCUGGGAUGAGGAGACCGUGCAUGGAGCGGCUUAUGACGGGCAUCUUGAGACGUGCUCCAAAGCGACUUGGUCCGGAAAUCUUGAUGUGCUUCAAUGGGUAAGGGACAGUGGAUGCCCGUGGAAUGAGGACACAUACUCUCAGCGGGUACGAAAGGGCAUGCUGAGGUCCUUCAAUGGGCAAGAAACAACGGAUGCCCUUGGUUUCGAGACGAUUGCCCACAUGCAUAGUCGAGUGUUGGAGCAGUACAGACCGUUGGGUGGAACAUCUGCUGCGGACGCUGUAACAUCGGAAUACAUAUAA